AUGAUGAAAAUAUUUACUUCUAAAUAUACGAUUUUAAUAUUGCUAAUAUUCAUUUUUCAAAAUGAAAAUAUUGCUGCAGUUACAUGCGAUAAUUAUAAUAUCACAUAUUCUCAACAAAAUGAUGCUGUGACAAUAAAUUUUUCAUCAAAUGAUCUAUUAAAAUUGAAUCGAAAAGUUCAAUGUACACCAACUUCUACAGAAGAAACAGUCUAUGGAUGUGCACAUCAAUGUGUUGGAUUAGGAUAUGGACAAGAAGGUGAAAUAUUUAUUGAAAUGCAACAUGAUAAUGGAACUAUACAACCUUGUACCAUAGCAUAUACUAUAGAAUUAUGCGAACCAACUUUAGCAUUUUUUAAUGUUCCUGGUGAUAAAGUACGUUUAGGUAUUAAUCGUCCAAUGGGAUCUUUUGAUUAUGUUAAUGUUCAAUGUUCGAAUAAUGAAUCAUACCUAAUAUUCAAUACUAGCACACCAUUGAACAGUUCUAUAAUUACAGUCGAUUGUUCAUUUAUACCAAAUCUACCACUUAUGAGUUUUAUACUCGAAACUAUUAAAAAAGAUUUUCGUACCGCAGUUAAUCAUAUUAGUCAAGAAGUUCCAUUGCCUGUUCCAUUUGAUUUUUCUCUUGAUUCACGUUUACUAACUAUAAGAGCAUAUGCACCACCAUUAAUGAAUUUAAAUAGUACAUAUGAAUUUCAAUUGAUAUUUUUCGAUAAAAACGAUGAACAUAUUAUAUACAAAAGAGCAACAAUAGUCAAUCUUUUACCAAAUUUAGGUAUAUCAUUCAAUUAUAGUCUUAUACCAAAUCUUGAACAUAAAAUUAUUUUUACACAUAUUGUCAAUGCAACAAUGUAUGCUGAAUCAAGUUCAAUAGUAUCGCCAAUAUCAAAUAUGUUAUAUCCAUUUGCAGUAAUAAACCUACAUAUAGAAGAAAAUUAUCAUAAUAUUAUUGUUAGUUGGAGUGAUUCACAUUCUUCAUAUGAUCAAAUCGAAUAUAUUGUUUCAUGUAAUUCAAAUAAUAAUUUGACAAGAAAUGUCGGUAGAAAUACAACAUAUGUUUGUGAAAAUAUAACCUUUAAUGAAACGAAUAGUAUUUCUGUAGAAACAAGAUUAGCUAUACCUGGUUAUAUACAUGAUCGAAUGGUUAUUGCGAUAUUGGAUGUUCCACAAGUACCUCAAAUACCGAUAUUUGAAGUUUUUAAUAGAACAGAAACAAGUAUUACAGUUCGAUGGCAAUAUAAUAAUGAUUCAUUUUUAACAAAUACAUUCGAAUAUAAUAUAAAAUGUGGUUUAAAUGCAAAUCCUAUUCAAAUUGAUAUUCGAUCAAAUGAAUAUGUAUGUCAAUCACUUGAAGAAGGUACAAUUUAUGUUAUCACCAUGUUAGUAGGGAGUUUUUUUAAUAUUAUUCAACGAUCAUCAAGUAUUCAGACAAAUACAUUACUUCCAACUUGUCAAUAUCAAAGUCAUUUUUAUUCAUCUGAUUUUAAUGGUACUCGUUUUGUUAUUAUUGAAUGGAGUCCUCCAGAUAAAAAUUUCGAUAAGAUCUAUGUACAAUGUCCAUCCACAUAUAUUCCUUUUGAAUAUAAUCAAGUCACAUCAUUUAUGUACAUUAAAUGUAUAAUUUACAAUGGAGUACCAUUUAAUGUGACAUUUGCCACUGUUAAGAGCGGUUUUGAAUGGGCAAUAUUUCAAUUUACAGAUACUCCACCAACCGAUUCAUCAUCAACAGCAUCAACAUCUUUAUCAGCAGAAACAUCAUCGAUUACUGAUUCAAAUUGUUCUCAAGAUAUAUUCUUGAAAACAGAGAUCAAUAUGAUAAAAUGGCGAACAGCAGCAAUAAUUGCUUUUAUAGUUGCUGGAGUUUUAGCUUUAUCUACUAUAUGUCUCAUUGUUUUUUCUGUUCUUUUAUAUUUACGAAAUCGAUAUAAUGUUCGUGAUGAAUAA